AUGGCAGACCUACCAGCUGAUCGUCUUGAUACAUCGUAUCCCUUUAUGGUUACUGGCGUUGAUUACUGUGGACCAUUUUACUACAAGAACGAAGUGCGCAACAGGCCACCAGUGAAAUGCUAUAUCAGUCUGUUCAUAUGCUUCGCUACAAAGGCGGUGCACUUAGAGCUUGUAAAGGAUUUGUCCACAAUAUCGUUUCUAAACGCCCUAGAACGUUUCAUCCUGACUCGCUCUCGACCUUCAAGGAUCUGGUCUGACAAUGCGACAAACUUCGUAGGUGCCAAGAACGAACUAGCAGAUCUGAGCCGCCUGUUCCUGAGUGACGAGCAUGUCAAGGCCGUUAACGAGUUUUGCCUAUCCGACUCAAUUGAAUGGUUGUUCAUCCCUCCUCGCUCUCCGCACUUUGGCGGACUAUGGGAAGCCGCUGUGAAGACUGCUAAGCACCAUUUUUAUCGAUCUGUUGGCUCUUCCAUUUUGGAUUUCGAUUCGCUGCGCACGCUCGUCUGCCACAUCACGGCAAUUAUUAAUUCUCGACCAUUACUUCCACUUUCAGAGCAUCCAGGUGAUCUUGACGUCUUGACACCCGCACACUUCCUGGGUACAGCGCCAACUUCAUCAUACAUUGAGCCCGAUCUAAGGCAGCUUAACUUCAAUCGGCUUAAUUAUUUUCAGCGCGUCACAUAUCUCCAACAAGUAUUCUGGGCCCGUUGGCGCGAAGAAUAUUUGACGCUUCUUCAACAGCGCUCCAAAUGGCGCACUCCUCAGCCUGGACUCUCCAUUAACGAUGUUGUCCUUGUAAAGGAUGAGAAUCUACCGCCGCUGUAG